GAAAGCGCCAAAAAGAUGCCUCGUCUUGAAUUACUAGCAACUCUUGAAGGUCAUCAAGAUCGUGUCUGGCAAGCAGCUUGGCAUCCCACUAAAACCAUAUUAGCAACUUGUUCUGGCGAUAAAUCGGUUCGACUAUGGGCACCAUCCUCACACAACGAUUUCACGAAAUGGCAAUGCAUCGAUACUUUAGAAGGUGCUCAUAAACGAACAAUACGAAGUGUUGCUUGGUCACCAACAGGAAAUGAAAUGGCAACAGCAAGUUUCGAUGCGACUACUGGUAUAUGGGAACACGAUUCUCGUGAAAAGGAUUGGGAAUGCGUAGCGACUUUGGAAGGUCAUGAAAAUGAAAUCAAAUCGGUUGCUUGGUCUUCAACGGGUGCUUUACUGGCUACUUGUAGCAGGGAUAAAAGUGUUUGGAUUUGGGAAGUGGAAUCAGAUAAUGAUUUUGAAUGUCUAAGUGUAUUACAAGAACAUACUCAAGAUGUGAAAAUGGUGGCAUGGCAUCCUAAACAAGAAAUUCUAGCAUCAGCAAGUUACGAUGAUACUAUUAAGAUUUGGAAAGAAGAUGAAGAUGAUUGGUAUUGUGCUGAUACAUUACAAGGACACACUUCUACUGUAUGGUCGAUAGAUUUCAGUGAAGAUGGGAAUCAAAUAGUAUCUGGUUCGGAUGAUCAAACAAUACGUAUCUGGAAGAUGUAUGGACCCAAUAACUCUGAAGGAAUCGCUACACCUAAUGGGGAAGCAGUUUGGAAAACUAUUUGUACAUUAUCAGGGAUGCAUGAACGAUGUGUUUAUUCUGUAUCUUGGUCCAAGGUCCAUGGUCAUAUCGCCAGUGCAAGUGGUGAUAAUUCUAUACGAGUAUUUGCAAAGGAUGAAGAAAAUUUGGAUAUCAAUGCACCUACCUGGUCAUCGGUGGCUACUACGAAAGAUGCUCAUGGUGUUCAUGAUAUCAAUUGUGUGAGUUGGUUCCCUAAUGAAACUCAUGGUGAUUGGCUUGCUUCCGUUGGUGAUGAUGGUUGUGUUCGUAUUUGGCGUUUAAUACAAGAUCCAUAGUCUUCAUUUAAUAUAUAUAUAUAUAUAUUUAUAUCUACAUUGUUAUAUUGUCUUUUUUUUUUCUUUUCAUUUGUCAUUUUUUUUUUUACUUACCCUACUCUCUCUUGUAUUUUUUUUUUAUCAUUCAAUCAUUCAAUAAAAACAAAAUAAAAACAAAAUUAAU